UCUGCUGUUAAAUAUGACAACAACGCCAACAUUCAGUCAAAAUCGAUUAUCUUGAGAGAAAAUUUAUAAUUCUGCCAGGAGUAAAUUGAAAAUAACAAUUGUGCAACGGUUUAAUUGAAAAAAAAAAACCAUGAAUCAAUUAUCACGGAAUAAUAUGCAAGAAUUUUGUCGAACCUGCCUCAGAAGUUUGCAAAAACGUCGCCGGCAAGAGAGGGAAACGACGCCCACUAAUUUGGAAUUGCUGACGACCUUCGGAAAUGAUUCUGAUUCGAUAAAUAGUUAUAAUCUAAGCCUUUUGCCCCAAUUGCGAAAACUAUUCGUAUUAUUUACCUCAUUGGAUAUCGCUGAGGAAGGUGAUGAAGAUGCUUAUCCGCGAAGCCUCUGUCAGCUGUGCUAUGACAAGAUGAUCGACUUUCAAGAGUUUCGCCAGUUAGCGAUUAAUUCAGCGGAAGUCUUGUACAAAAUUGUAAACAGUUUAGAUGAUGAUACGAUAAAAUCAACUGAGGAAACUGCCAACCUACAGCCGAAUGAAAAUCAUGCAAUAGCAUGCAAAACAGAACUUUUAGAAAGUGGUUACCAAAAUAGGGACGAUGACGACGACCAGCUGCUUUUACCCGAACUUGCAGAUUUGAUGGAAACAUCAAUAAAAACAGAGCCGUCUAUUGAAAUUAAUAGAUCUAAUAUCCCUUCUUCUGAAAUAAUACUGCCGAACAUUGAUAUUUCGAAAAAUCCUUUCACUGCGGUUGUUAAGAACGAAAUUGAAUCGGAGUGUGAGGAGGAAGAAAACAAUUCAAUCAGUGAUGAUGCCGAUGACGAGGAACACACGUUAAGAAAUGAGACCAACACGUCCAGGAGAUUGCGUAAAAAUGUAUCAUCUACUCUCGGAGUUAGACAACGGUUUUAUGGCCAGCCACGAAAACGUGACCGCAGCAAGAAGGCACUGAAGUGUCCUCGCUGUGAUAAACAGGUGUACAAGCAGGUUUACUUGGAUGCGCACAUUCGCGCUAUACAUGAAGGCUAUGAAAAACCAUUUCUUUGUACGCAAUGUGAAAAAGCAUUUACACGCUACGGUCAAUUACAUACGCACAUUGAGUCGCAACAUUUAUCAGAAGACAACUUUUCGUGUGACUUUAAUGGUUGCGAUGCUGUUUUUAAAUCGAAAAAUACGUGGGAGACACAUAGACAAGUGGUACACACGACCCUAUUUCGUUGUGGCCUCCAAGAAAUGUUAGAGUUUCAUAAUACACAGCUCAGUAACGAAAUUGGAACGGAUCACAUUUGUCAUCAGUGCUUCAAGAAGUAUAGUUCCAAACGCGCUCUCACUGAGCAUCUGAAACGACAUGCCCAAAUCAAGGAUCACGUUUGCAAGGUGUGUGGUGCAGCCAAGGUGACGCGUACAGAGCUGCUAACACAUAUGCGCACACACAAACCCAAUUUAGAAAAGUUCAAGUGCAGCAUUUGCCCACAAGAAUUUAAUCAUAAAAACGCUAUAUCCAGACAUGUGCGAGUGGUGCACGAAGGUCAACGUCGUUUUCCUUGCAGCUAUUGUCCAAAGCGUUUUGGGACCCGCAAUUCGCAAGUCUGUCACGAACGUUUGCACACUGGUGAACGUCCUUUCAAUUGUAAGCUAUGCAACAAACGUUAUGCACAGGUGGAAGGACUAAAAUCACAUAUGAAAAGUCAUGAUAAGAAUUUGCGUAAAUAUGUAUGCUCAUUUUGUUCGCAACGAUUCAUCACAAGGAAAAAUCUGAUAGAUCACGAAAAGCGUCAUCGAAGUGAUAAACCGCAUAUAUGUAAUGCUUGUAGUCGAGGCUUUUUUUCGAAGGAAGAUCUUCGCGUGCACAAACGGGCACAUACCGAUGAAGAACUACGUGAGAAGACCGAGCGGCGGAGGCGUUAUGAGACGUUUCAAGAAGUUGGUGAUAGUCUUGGAGAGCAGGCGACGGAAUCAGCUGGUGAAGGAAUUUUAGGCUAUAGCAGUUCGCAGAGCAGUAACUGAAGGAGUGGAUUAUUUUUCAUAAACAUGAAGACUUUAUGGAAUAACUCAGCAAAUUUAUACGCAUGUAUCAAUCAGUACAUAGAUAUAGAUGUGCUAUAUAAUGCCAUAAAUAAUUUUAGUUUUAAAUAUGCAGUUUGCAAAGAUAUAUGAAUUGAAUCUACACAGAAAAUGUACCUCAGAAAAGCUUCAGGCGAGCAAAGGGAGAAACGAGAUUGUUAGUAUUCUUGCUUUGUUCAUUCUUGAAGAUCUCAUAAAAUUUAUUCUUGAAAUUUCAAUACACUUUAGCAUUACUUUCAGCUAAAACUGUUUUUGUGACAACCUUUUUUUAAUAAAAUUGAGCCAAAAAUUAAGAAUCUCGGAACUGUCAUUUACGACUUAA